CAGUGAUGAAACUAAGAUGGCGGCCAGUCCUGGCAGGAAGAGCGGAGGAUAGUGAAAUUGGCGAGAAUUUCAACCGUUUGGGAUUCGACUUGUGCUGAAAUACAUCUACGGCGACGCAUUGUAUAACAGAGGAGUUAGACUUUUGGAUGCGAAGUGACCGGAUAUCUACAGAGCAAUGGACGGGGAGGAGUUUGUGCCCCCGCCUGAGUGCCCAGUGUUUGAGCCUACAUGGGAGGAGUUCGAAGAUCCGCUGGGGUACAUCGCCAAAAUCCGUCCCAUCGCCGAGAAAUCGGGCAUUUGCAAGAUUCGCCCCCCUGCAGAUUGGCAGCCCCCGUUUGCUGUAGAAGUGGACAACUUCCGCUUCACGCCCCGAAUCCAGAGACUCAAUGAGCUUGAGGCCGAGACGCGUGUCAAGCUGAACUACUUGGACCGCAUCGCCAAGUUCUGGGAGAUCCAGGGCUCCUCCCUGAAGAUCCCCAACAUAGAGAGGCGCAUUGUGGAUCUCUUCAGCCUGGCCAAGAUUGUGUCAGAAGAGGGCGGCUUUGAGACGGUCUGUAAGGAGCGCCGCUGGGCCCGCGUGGCCCAAAAGCUGGGAUACCCCCCAGGAAAGAACAUCGGAUCCCUCCUGCGGUCACACUACGAGCGCAUCGUCUACCCCUUCGAGAUGUUCCAGUCUGGGGCCAGCCUGCCGCCGUGCAAGCCGAGGCCGUACGAAAGCGAGGAGGUGGACAAGGAGUACAAGCCGCACUCCAUCCCCCUUCGGCAGUCAGUCCAGCCGUCGAAAAUGAGCAGCUACGGACGGAGAGCCAAUCGACUGCAGCCUGACGGUCCUGAAGAUUUGCCCUCCCACCCUCUCACCACUGGCUCUCAACACACCUCGCCUGAGCCCACGGAGGAGGACAUAGAGAAGAACCCGGAGCUGAAGAAGCUGCAGAUCUACGGGGCGGGGCCCAAGAUGAUGGGGCUGGGCCUAGUGCCCAGGGACAAGGGCGUCCGCAAGAAAGACGAGCUGCCGCAGACGGUCAUCGUGCGGGACAGUGCCGCGGUCGCCGUGAAGGAGGAGCCCCGGGAGGACGGGGACAAAGGGAGGGAGGAGGACGGGGGCGCUCCCCAAACCCCGGCCGACCGUGCCAUCAAGAAGGAGGAAGGCACGGAGGGGGACGAGGAGGAUGCAGACGACAUUGGCAAAGACGAGCCCUGCACCAAGAUGACCAUGAGGCUGCGGCGCAACUUGAACAACACGCAGUUUGUGGACUCCUUUGUGUGUCGGAUGUGCGGCCGCGGGGAUGAGGACGAGAAGCUACUCCUUUGCGACGGCUGCGACGACAACUACCACACCUUCUGCCUGCUGCCCCCCCUGACCGACCCGCCCAAGGGAGACUGGCGCUGCCCCAAAUGCGUGGCGGAGGAGUGCAAGCGACCGGCGGAGGCCUUUGGCUUCGAGCAGGCCACAAGGGAGUACACUCUGCAGAGCUUCGGCGAGAUGGCAGACGCCUUCAAGGCCGACUACUUCAACAUGCCCGUACACAUGGUUCCCACGGAGCUCGUGGAGCGAGAAUUCUGGAGGCUGGUCAGCAGCAUAGAGGAAGACGUCACCGUGGAGUACGGGGCCGACAUCCACUCCAAAGAGUUCGGCAGCGGCUUCCCCAUGAACAACGGCAAGAGGCAGCUCACGCCGGAGGAGGAGGAGUACGCCCGCAGCGGCUGGAACCUGAACGUGAUGCCCGUGCUGGAGCAGUCGGUCCUCUGCCACAUCAACGCCGACAUCUCGGGCAUGAAGGUGCCCUGGCUCUACGUGGGCAUGGUCUUCUCGGCCUUCUGCUGGCACAUUGAAGACCACUGGAGCUACUCCAUCAACUACCUGCACUGGGGCGAGCCGAAGACGUGGUACGGGGUUCCCUCUGUGGCGGCGGAGCGGCUAGAGGAGGUGAUGAAGAAGCUCACCCCCGAGCUCUUCGAGUGCCAGCCUGACCUCCUGCACCAACUGGUCACCAUCAUGAACCCUAACAUCCUCAUGGCCCACGGAGUGCCGGUGGUGCGUACCAACCAGUGUGCUGGGGAGUUUGUCAUUACCUUCCCCCGGGCCUACCACAGUGGUUUCAACCAAGGCUACAACUUUGCUGAAGCGGUCAACUUCUGCACAGCAGAUUGGCUGCCAGCGGGCCGUUCCUGCAUCGAGCACUACCGCCGGCUGCGCAGGUACUGCGUCUUCUCCCACGAGGAGCUCACCUGCAAGAUGGCCGCCUGCGCGGAGAAGCUUGACCUCAACCUGGCGGCGGCCACCCACAGAGAGAUGUUCAGCAUCGUGCAGGAGGAGAGGAAACUGCGCAAGAGCCUCCUCGAGAGGGGGAUCACAGAGGCGGAGAGGGAGGCCUUUGAGCUCCUGCCUGAUGAUGAGAGACAGUGUGACAAGUGCAAGACCACGUGCUUCCUGUCUGCGCUGGCCUGUUACAGCUGCCCCGAGCGCCUGGUCUGUCUCUACCACACACAGGACCUGUGCUCCUGCCCCACCGACAAGCACUACCUCAGGUACAGGUACACCCUGGAUGAGCUGUUAGCUAUGCUCCACCGGCUCAAGGUCAGGGCCGAGUCUUUUGACUCCUGGGCCAACAGGGUGAAGGAGGCCCUGGAGCAGGAGGAGGGCCACAAAAUAGGUAUUCAGGAGCUUGAGAGCCUGAAGGAGGAGGCGGCCGAGAGGAAAUUCCCUGACAAUGAGCUGCUCCAGCGCCUGAAGACGGUGAUCGGUGACAUUCAGCACUGCCAGACCGUCAGCACUGAGCUCCUGACCAACUCCCAGAGCAGGAGGAUGACGCUGGCAGAGCUGAAGACGCUGGUGGAGAGGAUGCAGAACCUGCCGUGCGUGAUCAGCCAGCUGGAGGAGGUGCAGACGGUGCUGCAGGCGGUGGAGCGGUACCAGCUGAGCGCCCAGGCCCUGCUGAGCGGCGGCGAGCGCAGCCCGGGGCCGCCGCCUCCGGAGCAGCUGCAGGCGCUGCUGGAGCAGGGCGCCGCCCUGGCGGCCGAGCCGCCCGAGUGCGAGCGGCUGCGGGGCCUGCAGGCGCAGGGCCGCUGGCUGCAGGAGGUGCGGCGCGCGCUGGGGCCCGAGGGCGGCGAGGUGACGCUGGCCGUGCUGCGCAGCCUGAUGGAGGCCGGCUGCAACGUGCCGCAGAGCGCCGCCGUGGAGACCGCCAUGGCCGAGCUGCAGGAGCUGCUCACCAUCGCCGAGCGCUGGGAGGAGAAGGCCCAGAUCUGCCUGGAGCACAGGCAAAAGCACCCUCUCUCCACACUGGAGGCCAUCGUGAAUGAAGCCCAGCUGAUCCCAGUUCAGCUGCCCAACAUCCUCUCCCUGCAGGGAUGCCUGAGCCGAGCCCGCGCCUGGGUCACCGACCUGGAAGAGAUACAGAAUGGAGAGCACUACCCCUGUCUGGACGACCUGGAGGGCCUGGUGGCGAUCGGGAGAGACCUGCCGGUGCGCAUGGAGGAGCUGAGGCAGCUGGAGCUGCAGGUGGCCAGCGCCCACUCCUGGAGGGACAAGGCCAGCAAGACCUUCCUCAAGAAGAAUACCCAGUACAGCCUCCUCGAGGUGCUAUGCCCGUGUGUGGAGAAGCAGAGGGAGAGAGGAGAGGGGAAGGAGUACAGGGCAGACACGGACAGCCUGGGCCUCACUGCACAGGACCUGAGGGACCCUGGAGCCAUCGUGUCGGCUUUCAAAGAAGGGGAGAGGCGGGAGAAGGAGGCUCUCCGGCGCCUCCAAGAGGUCAACCUAGCCAAAGCGGGGCCGGAGAAGUGCGAGCGGGAGGAGAGGAGGCGGGGCAGCGCCAUGGAGCAGGACGUCUCCAUCCUCUCGGUGGACUUGACAAAGGAGGACGGGGACGCUCCCGGGACCCCCGGCCCCGACGGGACGGCGCCAUCCCCGGCCCCCGCGCCCGCGUGCGUGUGCGGCCGGCCGCCCCAGCCCCCGCUCCUCCGCUGCCACUUAUGCAAAGACUGGUUCCACGGGGGCUGCGUGCCCUUCCCCUCGCUCCUGCCGGCCGGCGCGCCGCCCCCUGCCAACCUGCGCUGCUGGUGGGACUGGGACAGCCGCUUCCUGUGCCCGCUGUGCCAGCGCUCGCGCCGGCCGCGGCUGGAGACCAUCCUGGCGCUGCUGGUGGCGCUGCAGCGGCUGCCGGUGCGGCUGCCCGAGGGCGAGGCGCUGCAGUGCCUGACGGAGCGCGCCAUCACCUGGCAGGGCCGCGCCAAGCAGGUGCUGGACGGCCCCGAGCUCAGGGCGGCGCUGGAGACCCUGCAAGAGCUGCGCGGCGCCGACGGCGACGAGAACAACGGCGACGGCGGCGGCAAGGACAAGGACAAGGACGACGGCAAGAAAGGGAACUCGGUCAUCGUGCUGUCGGACUCGGAGGGCGCCGAGAGGGACGAGGACGUGAUCGACCUGACCGAGGAAGGCAGCCCGGCCAAAACGGGCAGCAAGAGGGCGGCGGAGCCGGCCCAGGUGGCGCUUGAGAACGGACACAGCAAAAAGGAGAUCUCGCACAAUGUGACAGGUGUGGAGGCUCUGCUCCCCCUCAUCCCCUCCCUGAGGGGCCCAGUGGUGCAGCUGUCCCCCUCUGUCCGCGCCCAGCUGGAGGAUCUGCAGCUGGAGGGAGAUCUUCUGGAGGUCACCCUGGACCAGACACAGACCAUCCACCGCGUCCUGCAGGCGGCGUCCCCGCCCCCCAGGCACAUGCUGCACACCCUCAUACUGAUCGAGCUGCAGGAGCAGCGGAGCUCGGGGCGGGGAGGUCGGACGAAGGACUCCAAAAGGAAGAGGAAGAGCCAGAGGUCAGGGGGAGGGGGCGAAGGCGUCCCGCUGUCUCAGGAUGCCUCUGAGUCUAAGAAGACACGCCCCCUCAACAGCACGCCCUCUGAACCACUCUUACACACCCACCCAGAGAUCUUGUGAUGAGGUGGCAUCAGCUACGGGGGAGAGGGCAGACUACCGAAGACUCAGCAGUGUACAGAUGGUCAGACCGGGCCAGAGGACUUUAGACAGAAGGAACAAGCGGAGGAGAGAUGCAGGAUGUAGCUCCACCCGCACCACCUCCUCCUCCCUCACUUCAUUCGCCUCUGUUUGUGACACUCCCAUGCCACACUCCCAGUAUUCAUUCCCCCGCCCACCGCCACUCCCCCACCCCCCACCACCGCCUCAUCACCAGUUUGCCACGCCCACCACCAUGCAUAUUUCCCACCGCAACAGAGUGUGGCUGACCUAACUCUCUCGGGGGGGGGAAGGAAGGAAAACGAAACGAGAGCCGACCUCCAGGCCUUUCAUGAUAUUGCGUUCCUGGUGCAAGUAUCAACUUGUUCUCACCCCCAAACCCCCCCGGAGGUCGCGAGGUCGCCCCCCCCCCCCACGCCACGUACCGUUUCCGGGGCUGUAUCUGACGCUUACGUUCAUCACACAGGUGUUGGUUCGUGUGUGUUUUUUUUUUUUUGUAUAGCGAGGCAGACGUCGGAGCGCAGCCAACCCCGCUCACUCGCUCUGAGAGUUUUAUUUUUGUGUUUUUCUGGGACAAAGCUAGCGCGAGGAGGAAGCGCGUGUUUUUUGUAUUCGGUCUCGUGGUUUCCUCUUUUUUUUUUUUUUUUUGGGGAGGUUGCCAGGAGAGGGGAAUUGCAUAACAGAAGAAAAAAAUAUUCCGGAAGUAUACGUAAGAGAAGGACAACAACAAAAAAAAAAAAAAAGAAAGCAAAAACAGGCAUACACGUUUUUGGUGCUACUUGACUCUCCCAUAACAGGUUCCCUUACGGCUCUCUUCAAUCAUCUGACAUUUGUUUCCUCUUUUUUUUUUUCUCCUCUUUCUUGCUCUUGCUCCUCUUG